AUGUCUGCUCCGACCAUGGACAAGCCAACAGCUCCACAACCGGACUCCGCUCUCGAGGAGCACAUUCCGGCGUUAGGAGAAAGAGACGAGCCGGCUCAACCCGAUCAAGUCAACGUCGACGAACAAGCUCAAAAACGAGAGGUAUCUUGAGUUCAAUAAUUGACCUCCAGAAGCGUGUAUGUUUUCAGAAAGGUCCAGACGACGAAGACGAAGACGUAAAAUUAUUUUACUUGUAAUAUUUAGUAUUCGUUUGUUUCAGGACUUCGAACCCAUGCCGGGAAUAAUGAGAAUCGGAAAGAACCGAGUGGAUAUCUGGGAGGUGAGUAGUAACAAAAGUGGUCAAUCACUAAUUGUUAAUUUGCAGGACCCGGAAAGAGCUCACUACGACGACAGCAGGAUGAGGUUAUUCCAGAAAGAAGUUGAGUGUCUCCGAGCAAGACAAGGAAUCAGCAAUGAGUGA